CCCGCCUAUAAAAGAGAACUGGAGUAUUCAUCCAGCAUCAGUCAAACCUAAGACAACAACAACAACCACAACAAUGUACUUCUCAUACAAGGCUUUUCUCGCUGUCGCUUUGGUCGUGGUAGCCCAUGGAGCUCCACAAUUCGGUGGUGCCCCUUUCUACCCCGGAGCACACUCUUUCGUACCCAUCGUAAGCCAGCACUACGUUCUCAACCCAGACCAAUCCUACAACUUUGCUUAUCGAUCUGGAGACGGAUCUGCCAGAGAUGAAGUCGGGGCCCCUAGGGCGCCAGGACCUGAAGGACCCGCUGUCACCGUCCAAGGAUCUUACUCUUACGCCUCUCCUGCAGGACCCGUCCAGGUCAGCUACGUCGCCGACGAAAACGGUUACCAGCCUUCUGGCCCGUCCGUCCACCCCGACAUCGUCAAAGCUGUCGCUCAACAGGUUGCCGAAGCCAGAGCUACCCCAGGAGGUGGUGCUUAUUACAACCCAGGACCGGCGUACAGGCAUUUCUAAGCCCAAAACUCAACCUGCUGGAGGUUACUAUUCUAAUUUUUAAGAAUCGAACCGGUAAUGUUGAAGCUACCAUUUUUUUAUACCAGUGAUUUUUGUAUACCUUUGAUGUUGUCUAAAUAGACAUUUUAUAAAUAA